CGUUGCUAAGAGCAAAACGUCCCCAGGGGCUCUGGCAGUGUGAGCGAGCGCAGGAAUCUCCUGCUUUACAAGAGCGCAGCCCCGGAUCCUCACUGCAAGAUGACCAAAAAAAGAAGACACAACGGUCGCGCCAAAAAGGGCCGGGGCCAUGUGCAGCCCAUUCGCUGCACGAACUGCGCCAGUAAGAAGUUGGUUAUUGGGAACAUAACAGAGGCCACCGCUGCCAGGGACUUAUCUGAGGCGAGUGUCUGCAAGGCUUACGCGCUUCCCAAGCUCUGUGUCAGGCUGCAUCAGUGCGUUCAUAGCAAGGUGGUCAGGAGUCGAUCUCGCGAAGCUGGGAAAACACCCCCACCACCAUUUACACCUGCUGGUGCUGCCUCACAACCUCCACCCGUGUAA